AUGACAAGUUUACUAACUAAGCUUCUCGAAUUAUCCCACAAAGAACACAUCCGUGUAGUCUACGACACGUCAUAUGAUGCAUACGACCGAAAAGUGAUCAACUCGAAACUGAGUGGGCAGACGUCGCUACUGAUAUGUGUUAUAUCCGAAGAGAAGGUGUUUGGGUAUUACACGGAAAGUCAAGUUCCGCGGGACGACGACACGUGGAAAGCGGUAGGAGUAGCCAAUGCUUUUGCGUUCAUAUAUGACGAGAGUGGAUUUCGACUUGAGCGGAGUCGAUCUUGUGAAAGUUGUUUAUAUAUUAACGUAGAUAACGACGAUGACGAGAUUCUCUUAAGUGUUAGACACUUCUUUUUUUUGAGAAGGGAAAAAAGUUACCUUUCGGGAAAGUUCAAUCAAUUCUUCGGGUUUUUAAACAAAGAAGUCUGUUACCCAUAUUACAUCCAUAUCCAAAACGUCAUAAUUUACAAAUUGUAUUAUCUUUUUCUCUCAUUUUGUAAGAUUAUUGGACAAAUAUUAGACUUAUUAUUUUUUUAA